UCUUAUUUUUUUUUAAAACUAAUUUUUCAUGUACAGACACAUUCCUUCUCUUUUAAUAUUUUUCUCAUUUUAAUUAUAGAAAUUGACCAGAUAUAGUUUAAAAAUAUGAAAAAUUUAUCUUUUAACAUAAAAGAUUUUUUGAACAAUAAAAGUCAUAAAUUGUUUAUCAAGAAUUUAAAACUGAGAAAAGGCAGAAAAAAGGAGUUAUAUUCCAAGGUUUUUAUUUUAGAUGUCAGGUCGACCAGAUGAUAUAGAGUUUGAGGAGGAGAUUGACAGGAAGUAUAUCUGUCCUAUCUGUCUGGCCGUGCUGUGGGAUCCUGUUCAGACAUCAUGUGGUCACCGUUUCUGUAAACUCUGUCUUGGAGGUUUGGUCAGAGGAUCUUGGAGAUUUGGGAUGUCAAGGUGUCCAGUUGACAAAAAGUUUUUCAGUGUUACUGCAGAUCUGUUUGAAGACAAUGCUUUCAAAAGAGAAGUGUUGUCACUAAGAGUAAAAUGUAAUAAUUACAACAUUGGAUGUAAUUGGAAGGGUGAACUUCGUGAUUACCAGGCUCAUAUAGUUUCCUGUUCAUAUAGCCAAGAAAACUGUGUUUAUGGGUGUGGAACAAGAGUAAAGCGACUUGAACAUGACGAUCACAAACAAGUUUGUCACCAAAGACCUGUUAACUGUGAACACUGUGAUGAAGAAAUCUUCUAUGCAGAUUUAACAAAACAUCAGGUUUUAAUGUGUGAACACUUCCCUGUACAGUGUACCUUGUGUGGCCAGACAGGAAUAAAACGUAAAGAUAUUUCCUCACAUAUUGAUGUAAACACUGGAGACUGCCCUCAAACAAUCAUCCCCUGUAAAUAUGCUUCAUAUGGAUGUCAGUUUCAGGAUAAACGGCGUUGUAUGUCUGAUCAUUAUACAGCUGAUCCAGAUCAUCACAUUCUGCUUCUAGUCCAACAUAAUGCCAGUCAAGACAGGAAGAUAGCAGAGCUGACCAGUCAAUUGGACAAACUUAUGUCAUUGCAAAGAAUGUAGUAAAUCAUUAAUAGCUGAAACUAUUCAUUUGAUGUAAAUGUAAUUGAAUGUGUU